AUGUCUUCAGAUUAUUCGACUGUAAAAGAAGUCAUCCUCUAAAUGUUGGCAAGUCCUACAUGGAAAAAUCAAUACAAUUCCUUUGUUGACGAGUAUUGCAUCUAUUUCGACGACGACGAAGAAUAAUCAAUUCAAUAAAAUAAUCUAUUCAAGCAAUUUCAAACUGAAAUGGCUGCCAUCUACGACUCCUUCUUCAGUUCCCUAGGAUUAGAUAAUUCUGAUGAAUUACAAAUAUAGGUAACUAUUUAUUUGCAAAACUGUUUAAAGAUUAUCAAGGAAAUUCUUAAUAGUGAUGGCGAUGAAGAAGUAGAUAUCCAAUAGUUACUGGCCUUGGGAGACUUUUAGGUUUUCAAAGCAGAAAUGUCUUUUUAAAAUAAACGCAGAGAAAUGGCAGCCUAUCAAUAAUUAGUUGAUGAUGAAGAAGAUGAAGAAGAAGUAGAAUAAUAAGAAGAGGAAGAACAAGACCCUAAGGAAGAAGAAGACUCUAAGGCAGAAUAAAUCCAAAAGAUGCAAAUUUUGAAAAUCAAAUUGGAGUACGAAUAACUUCAAGAAGAACUUCAGUUACAAUAGGCUAUGCAGAUUUCACUUGAUACUCCAAAUCAAAAGAAAUUAGAAUAAAUUUCACAAUUACUAGGGGAAGUAUUUGCAAGGUUAUAAAUUCUCUAAAUAGAAGAAAUGCUACAGUAAAAUUAAUAAAUGGCUUAAAAUAAUGAUAGAAAAUCAAAAUUAAUUGCUCAACUCAAUAACCUUCCACUCCUAGAUUUGGCCAAAGAGCGAGAAAUAUUUACAUAAUUUAAAUUAGAUUUUGCCAAAAUCUGA